AUGGCUCAGCUCAAGCUAUUUGUAUCACUAUCAAAAUUAAACCUUUUGUCUAGUAAUAUAAGUGAAGAAAAUAUUGCUUUAGAACUUUCAGACAUUUAUACAAAAUAUAAAAGACAAUUACAAGAAAUUUUAUAG